CCCAUGUGCGACGCAUGCAUGAAGGAGUGCCUAGCAUCUUCACUACUUACUAUGGUUUCCCUACAUCGUCACUUGAAAUCUAAUAAUGGUGUGGGACACGGAAGGCGUUUUCCUGGGAAUAAGAUAGGAUCAACAACAUGAACAUCCCCAGCUGACAGCCGCGAGAACGCGUGCCCUCUGGCGGGACCACCGAAUUUUGGAUGAGAUCAUUGCUGGCAAUGAUCCGUGUACAGUGUAGACCACAUCCUUUGUGCACACGUGACCGCGUCCGCAUCGUCAAGGAGAUGGCAGGCCUCGAACACACAUGAUGGCCUGCAAAGGGAAUGCUUGUAACUUGCCGCUGAUGGAGGAACGAACGGAUGCUCACCGGCACUUCUCAUGCACAAGGUUCAGCAUUACGAUUGUGUCACCUGUGCGAGUCACUCUCCGGGCGACCAUGAAAUCCGGCGCCAAAACUUGGCUCAUCCAUGCUCUAUCUUUUGAUGGUCCCUGCAGCUCCAGAGGCUUGCAUCUACUUCGCCACGACGCACAAUCAUCGCCGUGUCCUCACAAUCGCCACAUAUUUGCUCGCUCUGUGCAUGUGGCAGGCCGAGAACAUUACACUGCUCAAGAGUCAAGAUGGUUGCUGAGAAACACAGCGGGAUCUGUGACAGUGAGCAGGGCAACUCUUGUCAAUUAUUCGAGUCCAAGGACUGGCGGGCAACGAAACAAGAGUCCGCUCCAUAGGAUGUCCUACUGCGGCUUUUGGGGGGCAUGCAAAUUUGGCGUGCUCUCCCGACGAUUGACGGUCGUGAAGGUUGCACAUGCAUGCAUAUUUUAUCAUGAACUUAAUCAAACUGGUGGCGCGCACCUGCUCUUCGAGACCCUUCGUUCAUGAACGACUGCCACCUCGGCUUUUCGCAUCGCAGAAAAUGAAAUCGAGGCGUUGUAUGCGUGGCAAACUGGAAGCGGUAGCUGUGCAAGUGCUGUGACCUCGCCUCCGAAGUGACCUCGCAACGGGCGUGACGCAUAGUCACAGUCCUACAUCUCCCGCCACUC